GAAUCACUUUUUUUGUCAUCACGCAGGACUCUUCAGUUUACAGAAUUGAGUCGCUACAGGUGGUUGUCUGCAACCCUGCGCAGAAAGAAAUAUCCUCACAGACUGAAGGGUUUUUAAAUUCUAAUAUAUAUAUAUUUUUUUACAUGCGCAAACAAUUCCUCAAACGUUUUAUCUCGCUUGAUUUAUGUAGCCUAAUGACCGCUUUACACACCGACUCGUAAUUUAUUCCCGGUUGUUUGAAUCGGAUGUGUCUUCUAAUUAGUUGAUUUGGAACACUUUGUGCAUUCGGUUUCCAUUUGUCAUUCUAGAACGGGAAAACCACCCGGCCAAAAGCCGACAGGUAAGGUGACAAAGGCUGUGACUGUUUACUUUGUUUUUUUUAAAUUAAUUUUAACUUGAUUUAUUUUGAACUGAGACACUUUACAAGUUCCAGACAACUAUGUAUAACAUGAUGGAACACGAGUUGAAGCCCUCUGGGCAACAGCAGUCGCACCAAACCGCCAUGUCUCCGGUCACCGGCAACUCUCACCUGGGGUCCAAAUCACUGUGUCCUCCGGGCGGGGACCCCAUGGACAAGGUCAAAAGACCCAUGAACGCCUUCAUGGUCUGGUCUAGGGGCCAGCGCCGCAAGAUGGCCCAGGAGAACCCCAAGAUGCACAACUCUGAGAUCAGCAAGCGGCUGGGCGCCGAGUGGAAGCUACUGACUGAUGCUGAGAAGCGGCCAUUCAUUGACGAAGCAAAGCGCCUCAGGGCGGUGCACAUGAAGGAUUACCCCGAUUACAAGUACAAACCACGCCGUAAAUCCAAGCCCCUGCUCAAGAAGGACAACCAGAUGGGAAAGUACCCUCUCUCUGCCGGGAACCUGCUGGCCGCCGCGCAGGGCCAAGGUGGGAGCCCCAGGAUGGAGAGUUACGGGUGGGGCCCGGCGGGAGGUUACGCCGGGAUGCAGAGCGAGGCCCUGGGCUACACUCAGCAGCUGCACCGCUACGACCUGUCCGCUCUCCAGUACCCCCAGGCCAUGACCGCAGCACAGACGUAUAUGAACGGUGCCAACACUUACAGCCCUAUGUCUUACAGCAGCAGCCACCAGCAGCCCAACCCAGUCAUGUCCAUGGUGAAGCCAGAGCCAGUGUCGCACUCCCCGACUGGUGGACCUAACCACCACCGUGGGCCUCUCCAGGGGGACCUGAGGGAUAUGAUUAGUAUGUACAUCCCCGGGGGGGACACCAAUGACCCUGUCUCCCAGAGAGGAGGCUACAGCGUCCAGCAACACUAUCUCAGUGGGACUGUGCCUCUCACUCAUAUCUAGGGAUUGGUGGGAUAGUGACUGGGACUCAAUGUGAGUGUGCUGGCUUGGAGAGGCACAAGGACACCAGUUAUGUCACACACGCUGGGCACAACAUUGUCAGACCCACUCAUUAUGGUCCCGUGUUGCGUUUAUAAAAAACAGUGACUUUAUAUAAAAAUGUUAUUUUUCUACCUCUGCAUUUUGACUACAAUAAUGAGCCCACCCUCUGUCCCUAGUCUGUCCCAAGACUAGGUUGUUUCGUUCAGUCGCCCAUCCACUUCUUGGACGGAGACCCUUCUCAAUUAACUUCUCAUUAUGACGGACUGCUGUACUGUACAUAGACUUUGUGAUGAUUAAAUGUUUGUUUGUGUACAUAUAUAUUUUUUCCCCUCUUUUGACAAAAACUGAGCUUGACAUCACAAGCUUCCAUUCAAAAAUGCCCAGGCCCCUAUGUAUGUCACAAAGCAUGUGACUGUAGUAUGUUCACAAUUGUUCCAUUGUGUUCUGCCUCCUGUCUUGUCCUACUGGCACAGUAGUGCCCCUCGGGUUGAUCGGUAAUCAUCGUGAACUAAACCAACCGGGAGAGAGACACGGGCAGUGUCCCAAAUGGCACCCUAUUCCCCAUAUAGUGGUCUACUUUUGACCUGGGCCCUGCAUGGUCAAAAGUAGUGCACUAUAAAGGGAAUAGGGUGCCAUGUGGGAUGCAGACAGAGGGGGCCCCACCACGGGAACGCAACACACUGGGAACCGGGGUCAGUCAAUCACUAUCCUCCUAAGGCCAGUGACAUACAAAUCACAUGACCCACCACAAGGAUUCUGAGGAUUGUGAUUCCUGAACUGGUUUUGUUUGUGGAACGGAACAUCUCAAAUCAACUAACCGCUUGCUAGUGCAGUGAAAUGGGGAGACCAAGGGAGAAAUGCACAGAGUAUAACUUGAAUGAAGUGACUUGUUUUUUUUAAUAUACAAGUAUGGCCACUUGUUGCCUUCUACUGCUUUGUGAGUAAGCGUGCUUGUUUUUAAAGCCAAUUUCAUAGGAUGACAUGGUAUAGUCUGUUGGACAAUCUUAUGAGUUCAUUGGAUCCAAUGGAAAUGAGUAUGUGAGAUUAACUGGUGUGUUUAGUAGUACUGUAUGUCCAAACCCCAUACCAAUACAUUUUUGGUUUGUCUUCAACUUUUUUUUAUUUUUUAAGUUGAAGGAAAAAUCCACUCAUUCUUUAACUUUUUUUUCAUUAGUCCAAUGUUGAUACAGUCCCCAUGUUUUGCAUGUCAGCAGUCAAGUUUUCAAGAAGAAAAGUCACUUGCCACAUGAUGUUUUGUAUCAUGUGGCAAGUGACACUUUGCCUCUAGAAAAUCAUAUCUUAAACUUGACUGCUGACAUGCAAAACAUUUGGUGACUGUAUCAACAUUGGACCAAUAAACAAAAUGCAAAUCCUGUCCUUUAACAUAACCCCUUGCUGCUGCAAUGAGAUUUACAUUUGUCAAUGUAAUUGUUUGCAUUAGUCAUCCAUUUUUUUUUAACUUGUUUUGUAAAUGCUAUUAGGAGUUGUCCCAAGUUCUUAAUGUUUAUUGUUCAGAUACCCCUGUUUUAAUUGUGUUCAUAGAAUACAAUUAACUGAAUUACAUUUUAUACAAAUGCUGCAUUCUAUUGAAGUUUAUUUUACAAAAUACAUUUGAAUGAUUUUUCUCUAGCUCGGCAACUGUUUUUAUGGAUUUCUACUUAUCCAACCAAGCACGGUUAGUACAUUCUGCCCGGGCAACUAAUGGUAGAGAUUAAAAUCUAUUAAUUUUACAAUGUCUCCAGCUUCUCAGUUUCAUAUUUGAGUUGCCUGCUGCGUAAGGUCUUCAGAUAACACAUUCCACUUUUUAUAAUUCUACAAAAUGACUGACAAAAUGAGUUGGCAUCAAGUUUUGUCUUAAAUUUCCUGUUUCCUUUUCCUGUUGUAACAAGACUUGAGGGUUAAAAUUAAUUUGUCUUUGUUUCAUCUCACAACACUCUCUAACUAAUUUAUGAAUAGUUAAACAGUGCUGCUAAAAGUUAAAGAAUCCAUUUUAGAUUUUUUUGCGGUCUGAAACUGCAAGUGGGUACAUUUUUAGGCUGUGGAAGUGGUUGAACCACAUCAAAUUACAACCAUUCUGGAACUGUCAUGUUCCAACAGUCCCUUUUUUAGUAUUGUACAAUCCACUAAGGAACUUGCAUAAAGGGAAUGAAUCAAAUUAUUUUUGGUUGGGUUUAAAUACUAUAAUUUAUAUGAAAGGAAUAAUGAAACAUGAAUGUGUAUUGCAAUCCAAGUGUGUAAAACUUAAUUUUUUUUGAAUUUAUUUAGUUGUCUAAUCCUUGUUUGAGUCUUGCAACUUUUGAUGUGCAUUGUGUAUAAAUAAGCAAUUUGAGGCACCUAUACUAAGGGUAUUUUUGUUAACUCAUUUUCAUAUGUGGCAUGGAUGACAAGUAUUAAAACGUUUUUAAAUCC